AUGUCGCCAGCUGCCCAGUUCCUCAAUGGCUGGGGUAGUAGUUCAAUUGCUGCCGAGCCCAAACCCGACGACGAGGGCCAACCCAUUGGUAUCAACAAUGAGUAUGUUGUCGGUCGUCAGAUCGGUGCAGGGGGCUUCAGUGUAGUCAAAGAAGUUAUUGGCAUGGACAACGAUGGUCGCAGAACCAAACGUGCUGUCAAGAUCGUCCGCAAGUCUGUCGCUAACGCUAGCGAGGCCGAGAAUGACAAGGCUCAGCAAGCUGUCGACUACGAGAUCGGAAUUUGGCGCUAUUUGAACCACCCCUACAUCUUGCAGUUGCACACCAGCUUCAUCACUGAUUUCGCGACUUUCUGUAUCAUGGAUUUGGUUGAGAGCGGUUCUCUAUACGAUCUGCUCAACGAACUUCGAAACAACGGUCAGAUGGGCUUGAGACCUGAGCUCGCCAGAACCUAUGCCCACCAGCUCGCCUCGGCUUUGAGAUACAUGCAUGCGGAUGUCAGACUAGUCCAUCGUGACGUCAAGCUCGAAAAUUGCCUGGUCCAGAUCGGCCCCCAAGAUGAUUGCGGUAGCAUGAAGCUUUGUGACUUUGGCCUGGCUAGCUUCGUCGACGGCGACUCGGGUAUGGCUGAUAGUAUUCGCUCGCUCGACUCCGAUGAUAACAAGGACCCUGCCGGCACUCUAGAAUACCUCGCACCUGAGCUUCUCGGCGGCUCGACCAGAAAGGACUACUCGGCAGACAUCUGGGCUUUUGGUGUAUGUGUCUAUACCAUGGUGACUGGCAAACGUCCAUUUGCCCACACGAUCCAAUUCAAGCUAGUCGAACUGAUCGAAGCCGGUGACUGGAACAAAGACCUGGUAGAGACUUCACCCGCCGGUCAAGUCGCCUGUGAAGACAUUUGUGAUUUACUACACGGCUGUCUGAAUACUGAUCCAGACCUGAGAUGGACCAUUGCUGACGUGAUGGACUGCAAGUGGUUUCAAGGUCUUGUUGACGUUGCAGCCGAUUCUGACUGGGAGCACGUGAACAAUACCCAGGACUGA